UUGAGAAGAAUAUAAUCAACCACUUCUUUGGAACAUUUAAAAUUAAUCUUAGGCGGAGGGAAUAAAUUUCAAUUCGGCAUUUUAGUGUGAAUUAUGGUGUUUAAGCUACCAGAAGUGUGGAAGAGUGUUAAGACAUGAUUUGGAGGAAUUAUCGCUGGACUCUGUUCUUCAUCUAUCUCAUUAGUAUUGUCCACUGUGUGCCACUGACUGAUGGACGAGCUCAGUUUACUGGAAAUUCAAUUUUAAAUUUUCCUGAUGACACCUUCAAUGGGACACAGCAGGGGGAUAUACAGCUUCCGGGUCUGCUGGAUACAUUUAGUCUUCUCCAACGCUAUCAAGUCUGCAAUACGCCGGAUGGGAAGAAGGGACGCUGUAUGCGCAUCAAGCAUUGUUCUGUCUUCGAUACGCAACAGAAUAUCGGGCAAUUGAUGGAACACUUAUGUGUGAUUGAACAAGCAACAAUUGGGGUCUGCUGUGCUGAGCAUGUGACAAGAUUGAGUUUUGGGGACACCCUGGAUCCCCCACCCAGUAUAUCCGGGGCCAGUGGAGGAAAGAUUGUCAAUCGACCCGAGGAGCGUGGGUGUGGUGUCUCGACUGGGCAGUUUCCAUCGAAAAUAAUAGGUGGGCAACCUUCUCAUCCCGCUGAGUGGCCAUGGAUGGCAGCACUAUUGACACCAGGGCCUAGUAAGGCUUUUGCAGGGGGAUCCCUAAUUACAGACAGACAUGUCCUUACUGCUGCCCACUGUACCACCAACUUGAAGCCCGAAGAAUUAUUUGUUCGACUUGGUGAAUACGAUUUUACCAUUCAUGAUGAGACAAGAGCUAAAGAUUUUCGUGUUUCUGAAAUUCGUGAACACAGUGAAUACGAUCCAAUAACAUAUGAAAAUGAUAUAGCAAUAGUAAAAUUGGACAGACCAACAGUGUUCAAUACGUAUAUCUGGCCAAUUUGCAUGCCACCAAUUGGAGAAACUUGGGAAGGAUAUAGUGGAGUUGUAGCAGGAUGGGGCACGCAAUUCUUCGGUGGGCCGCUGUCAAAUGUACUCAUGGAGGUUUCCAUGCCCAUAUGGAAACAACAGGAGUGUAUUGAUGCUUUCGCUGAUCGCAUUGUAAGCUCUGUAAUGUGUGCCGGUGGUUACGAUGGUGGCCAGGAUUCGUGUCAAGGCGAUAGUGGAGCACCAUUGAUGGUGAUGCUUCCAAAUAAGCGCUGGGUUAUCGUUGGUAUCGUAUCUUGGGGUGUUCAGUGUGGAAAAGCUCAACGACCCGGCGUAUAUACGAGAAUUGAUUCCCAUAUUGAUUGGAUCAUUGAAAAUGCUGUUUUUUAAUCUAUUAAGCAUAAAAAUAAUUCAUUAUGACACUGUAAAAUGUACUGAGAGAUAAAUGCUCGUAAAUACGACAAUAA